AGGCGUUCCUUUAUAGUAGUCCUAUACCCUACACACACACACACACACAAAAUCCAUCGGAGAAAAUGGCGUUGUCGUAUCCACAGCCAGGCUCCCUCACCAUCUGCGAAAUCAAUAGAGACCUCAUUACUGCGGACAACCUGUCCGAUGAUCGGGCCGAAGAAACCUAUGCCAAAAUUCUUGGGACUGUUUUCAGUCCUGUUCCAUUUCAAUACGAGACUCUAUUGACGGUGGAGGAGCAGGAAGUUGCUGCUGCUGCCCAAACUAAAGGUGGAUUGCUGUCGGCUGCACUGCAGGCCGUCUCCACUGCUUCUCUCCGACCCCUUUUCCUCCUUACUCCUGUAAAAUUGUUGCAAGAUGUUGAUCUCUAUGGCCUGAGCUGGCACCAACACAAAAAUAUUUUGGCUUUUGUUUCUGGCCCAAAUCAUGUGACAAUUCGCGAUUAUGAGGAUUCAGAUGGUAAGGAUCCCUGUGUUCUGAUAAAUGAAUCCCAAAAACAAGUUAAAAGUCUUGAGUGGCGGCCUAAUGGUGGGAGGAUGCUUUCUGUGGCAUGCAAGGGUGGGAUCUGCAUUUGGGCUGCUUCAUAUCCUGGUAAUCCAGCUUUGGUUAGAGGUGGAGUUACUUCAAGCACCCUUUCGAGAGGCUCUGGGACUAGAUGGACUCUGGUGGAUUUCCUUCAAAGUCAUGAUGGUGAACAAAUAAGUGCCCUGUCAUGGAGUCCUGAUGGAAGAUAUUUGGCAUCAGCUUCAUUUGAGAAUUCAUCAUUCACCAUUUGGGAUGUUGCUCAAGGGAUGGGCAGACCUAUUCGACGUGGCUUGGGGGGCAUAUCACUGAUUAAGUGGUCUCCUUCUGGAGAUUACUUUAUCGCUGCAAAAUUUGAUGGAACAUUUCAUAUCUGGGAGACUAACACUUGGACAUCAGAACCAUGGUCCUCAACGAAUGGUUUUGUAACGGGAGCAACAUGGGAUCCUGAUGGACGAAUGAUACUCAUCGCUUUCUCUGAGUCUACAACAUUAGGGUCUCUUCACUUUGCAUCAAAGCCUCCAUCCCUUGAUGCACACCUUGUACCUGUAGAGUUGCCAGAGAUUCAGUCCUUGACCAGAAGUAAAGGAAUUGAGAAGAUAGCAUGGGAUGGUUCAGGAGAACGAUUGGCUUUGUCAUACAAAGAUGGGGAUGAUCUGUACAAAGGUCUUGUGGCAAUAUAUGAUGUUAGGAGAACCCCCCUGAUUUCAGCAUCACUAAUUGGAUUUAUUAGAGGCCCUGGCGUUAAUCCCAAGCCAAUUGCACUGUCAUUUCAUGACAAGUUCAAACAAGGGCCCUUGCUAUCUGUGACAUGGAGCAGUGGAAUGUGCUGCACCUACCCACUCAUAUUCCGCACGCACGUUUUACCUUAAACCAAGGUCUGGGCGACUCUGGUCGCCACGGUCGAAGUACCUAUCAUUGUGUCAUUAGACAGCUGCAGUUGUCAUAAAGUUGCUGGUGAAGCAUUGAGUUCAUCUUCGUAGUCUCUCUUGGAGGUCGAAAAAUGAAGUAGGCCGUUUAUGAUGUUGCUUUCAGCCAAGGAAAACACUACAGUCAUCAAUUUUUAUCACUAGUAGGAACAAAGUGAAUAGAGAUGUUGAAAGUGAUGGAAGCUAAAGUGGGCGGGGAGGUUAUGUGCUGUCAACCUCAUCUCUCUUUUGAAACCUUAUUUGUGCAUCUUCAAGUUAAUUAUGCUUCAAGUGAUUGUCAAUGUUCUCGAGUCUGUAGAUUUUUCUGUUCAUUUUUUAGUCAUUUUAUUGUCAUUAGCUAUGAACAUGAAACUGUAGUAUUUAUACAUUUCGAAAAUGCACCUGGAAAAGUGGAAGAGCGCACCUGUCAUUCUGGCAGUGGUUUUUGGAA